AUGUCAGAUCGGUUUUUGGCAAUAUGGCGUCCGGUCAAUAGACGGGGGAGUUCUUCGUUGCCCAGGAAUUAGGGGCCGAAGCUUGACAUAUUUUGAAGUUCGCGAGUGUGAAAAAAAAAUGUACGAGGAAUUCAGAUGGCACAUCGAUGGGGCACACUGAACAUUCAAUUAAAAAAGAAAUCAUGCGAAUUUCUUGGUUGAGAAAUGCGAACAUCGUAAAUGACAACCGGAAUUGUCGUUUAGAGUGAGUUCAAAGUUUCGCCUUGUCGGAUGCAAAAUGGCUUCGGGCGACAAUGUAGACGUGAUCGAAGUGGUCGAGACAAGUUUCACAGGCCGAGCCCAGGGCGGUGAAGACCAUCUACGACCUCAAGAUUCUGUGGAGGAAGACAAUAAAUCAGUGGGUGAAAAAGUAUCAGCCUUUGACAGCUCAACAGUGCAACAUGGCAGUGCAGGUCCGAAAACUCCAGUUGGAGUGUCAAGAAAUAAAUCGGAGCGAGAGAAAAAGAUUGGCCACAGAAGGGUGGGAGUUGGGGGCGAAAUUACAUAUAAAAAGAUUCAAAGUACACAAAUUAUGGGAUCUAUUCAAUUGGGUAUACAACAUGCUGUCGGUGGUCUCGCAAGUAAACCUGAACGCGAUUUGCUCAUGCAAGAUUUCAUGACCGUUGAAACAACAAAUUUCCCUAGCGAAGGUUCAAAUCAUACUCCAGCUCAUCAUUUCUCGGAAUUUAAAUUCAAGAAUUACGCACCUAUUGCAUUUCGUUAUUUUAGAGAUCUGUUUGGCAUCCAACCAGAUGAUUUUUUGAUGUCGAUGUGCAGUGCACCACUGCGUGAAUUAUCAAAUCCUGGUGCGAGUGGAAGUAUUUUUUAUUUAACAGAGGAUGAUGAAUUUAUCAUCAAGACUGUUCAACACAAAGAAGGUGAAUUUCUGCAAACUCUGUUACCUGGAUAUUACAUGAAUUUAAAUCAAAAUCCAAGGACGUUAUUGCCAAAGUUUUUUGGAUUGUAUUGUUAUCGUUGCAACAGUAAAAAUGUAAGACUCGUUGCUAUGAACAAUCUUCUGCCAUCAGCCGUGAAACUUCACCAAAAAUAUGACUUAAAAGGCUCAACUUAUAAGAGAAAAGCCUCGCGAUCUGAAAGAGCAAAGUCUUCGCCUACUUAUAAAGAUUUAGAUUUUAUGGAACAUCAUGCGGAGGGAAUUUUUCUAGAGGCCGAUACAUAUAGUGCUCUAGUCAAAACAAUUCAACGAGACUGCCGUGUUCUUGAGAGUUUCAAAAUCAUGGACUAUUCGCUUCUAGUCGGAAUUCAUAAUCUCGAUCAAGCUGCUAGAGAAAAAGUUGAGGAACAACGAUUGUCAGCAAGCGCAGAAGAUGAUGCAGGGGAAUAUGUCUGUGAUAGUGGUGGAUUCCUUCAAGCUGAAAGACGCGGCGAAAGAGAUGACAGGAUAGGAGCUGCUGCACUCAAUAGAUCACGCAGUAUAAAUCGGCAAAGACUCGUUGCUCAUAGUACUGCGAUGGAAAGUAUUCAAGCUGAAAGUGAACCCAUUGAUGAAGAAGACGAUGUUCCUCCUGGUGGUAUUCCUGCACGGAAUGCGCGUGGAGAACGUCUUCUUCUCUUUGUGGGUAUCAUUGAUAUUCUUCAGAGUUACCGGCUCAAAAAGAAACUUGAACAUACGUGGAAAUCAAUGAUACACGAUGGUGACACGGUUUCUGUACAUAGACCAGGCUUUUAUGCUAAGCGCUUCCAGGACUUUAUGGCAGAAACAGUCUUCAAGAAAAUUCCCUCACUGGACCUGCCUGAGAUAAAGGGGAAUCAUCGCAAAUUCCGUAACCUCGUCACCAGCUACAUAGCUUUGAAACAUUCUCCGUCAAAAAGGAAAAGCAUUUCAAGACCUCUGAGGCCAUUGGAAGUCGAUUUUGAUUCGACGGUGGUGGCGGCAACUGGAAGUUCAACUAUGCAUGCUACAUCACCCACAAAGCCUGUAACAAGUCCCACGGAGCCGGUGGUUACUUGUGGUGGUGGGCCUGCAAUAACAAACAACUCAGUCCCAAUUGCCACCUCGACACCCGUGAAUGUCUCCUCGGGUCCAAUAAGUCCUCCACCAUUGACGUCAGUCAUCGAAUCAUCGUCAACAAUAAAGGCCAGUUAUCCGGCGGUUCUUAAGGGUAGAACAGCCGCAAGUCCCCCAAAUCCUAACAUCGUGCCCUCCGGUAAAGUACCACCUCCAGUGCCUCCUCGUGGAAGUGGUCGUCCAAGAACCGAUGAUCAACGCACUACAAAUGCUGCAUCGUCAUCAUCAACAACAAUAUCCGGCCGAGGUGGCACCCUUCCUUCCGCCUGUUCCACCCCGCCCCCGCCUUUUGACGACGCAGUACAUUCGAACGAUCAAACCUUGGCUUCCGGUGGUCAUCAUCAUGUUCAAGAAAGCACUCCAGGUGCCUCCAUUCUCACAAGCAAUCUCAGCAGUUCUCAUUCCAAACAAAAUAAAGUCGUCCAUCAUGUUACUCUUAGCAAAACAUACCAUGACACAGUUAGUAUAUCAGACGUUCAUCUAGAAAAUAGCGGUAGUGGAAGCGGAAGUGGAGGCAGGGAAACAAAAUCAUCUUUAAGCGUUGAAAGCGGAGGAAGUAGUCGUGGUGGUGGCGGUCUAACUUGGACGCCUCCUGCCGGAAGUGCUGAAGGAUCAACGCCUACCUGGACGGAAGGCACGCCGUCUUUUACCGAAAGCUCCAGUAGUGGAGAUAUAGGUUGCCCGACAACACCGAUUAGAAGCAGUCAAAGAAGUGGAGAUAAAAGUGGAAGAAUUACCGCAACCAUGGAAGAGGCCCUUGCCAGUCUCACUACUGAAAUGGAAAUACUACAACGAGAUUGAACGUCUUGUCCUCUUCGACCAUCGAGAAAAAAUGGUGUGCUUCGUCGCAGCGACGAAUCUUCGAAAGUGACGUAAGAGUGGGAAAGGAUUCAUUAUAGGAUUCGAGAAAUAUCUUAUUAUAAUAUUAUUAAAGUAUACGAAAGAAAAAAAAAAUCACUGAAAUAUGACGCUAAAUCAAAUUCCAUCUGGAAGUCAGUUUUUAUAAAUUAAACAUUAUUAAUUUCACUCUUUUUUUUUCUUUUAUUAUUUUAUUCACUUUCCAUUCUUAUUAUUCGAGUAUUAAAUUUUUUUUUCUCAAAUUCUUUUCAGAAUUUAAAAAUAGUAAUUUUUGAAAUUUUUCAAUUAAAAAAUUCUGAAGAGAAUUUUUUUUUUUUUGUAAUUUCGCAUAUUUUUUAAUGAAUUAAAAUCGACACCUUCAUUACCUCAAAAAUACCUGGUACUUAAAAUCAUUGAGAAAAAGAUUGACUAGUGUGUGAGGGGAGAUUAGUGAUUUAGAGAAAUACAUGACAAAAAUAUCUUAGACGAUUUAAGUAAACACAGCUUGAUGAUGAGGCACGUUCUUUUAUUCAGAACAAAAACAAUAUUAUAGAAUAUAUAAAAGUUUUUAAUUUAAAAUUUAAUUUUGUAAAAUAAUAUUCAUUUUUUUUUUAAAUAUUUAUUUAUUUUUAAGUGUAUAAAAAUUAUGGCCUAUAUGCCAUUCAACGUAACAAUAAAGCAUGGAAUUUUUCAAGUUACAAAAAUUUCUUUUUAAUAAGUAUAAUUUAAAAUUUUGUCUUUUUAAAAUUAUUAGAAGCUAAAUUAAAAAUUGAACUGAAUUUUGAAAAAAAAAACAAUAUUCAAAAAAUAUUUAAAUAUAAAAUUUUAAUCAAAGAUUACAAAAUUAAAAAAAAAAAAAAAAAAACGCAAACAAGAUUCAAAUUGUCGCAAUUUAAAAAUAUUUUUAUUUUCAUUUUAUGUAAAUAAAUUCCAAAAUUUUCGAAUUUUAUUAGAAUAUAAAAAUAAUAUACUUUGUGACUUGAAAUUUAAAAAAAAAAUUUGUUUUUCCAUAAGAAUUAUGUACCUACAAAGCUUAUGUUGAAAAAAAAGUUAUUUUUUUUCCGAAAAGAAAAGGAAAUAUAAAAUAUCGUGAUUAUAUAAAUCAGAAAUAUAUAUAUAAAUAUAUAAUUAAAAUAACAAAAGAAAAAGGAAUUGUCUUACAGAAUAUUGAAUCCGUUGGCAAUAUUUGCUUAUUAUUAAGGCUCUCAUUUUUAGAUGUUACGUAUCUAUAAAAAAAAAAAAAAAGAAAAUCUAAUGGCGUUGUAAAUAAUUUUAAUUUUAAUUAAAGAGAAAAAUCGCAAGACUUAAUAUUAUAAUUAUUAUACAUAUUAUGCAUACGUGUAAACAAAACAAAAAAAAAAAAUAUUUAUCGCGUUCUUUAUGUCUGUCGUUAUUGUGCAAUUGUAUAGUAAAAGUAAUAUUUUUAAUCAUAUCCCUCUGUAUAUGACUUACCAAGUAUUGUAUUAUAUUAUCAAAAAAAAAGUGAGAGUCAAUCACAAUAAUGUUAUAUAGGUGCACAGAAAAAAAAAUUGAAAAUUCCUCAUCAAAAAUAGUCAACUUUUAUUCAUAUAUGGUUGUUUAUAUAUCAAAUAUUAUGAAGUAUAAUUCAUCAAUUUUAAUUAAGGGCGUGUGAUAUAUAAAAUUGAAAAAAAACAUUUGACAAUUAUUCGAAAAGAAUUAUAUUUUAUUUUUUUUUUUUUUUUAGUUAAUUUUUGAUAAAAAUUUAUAUUUUUAUAUUAAUUAAAUAUUAAAAUGAAUAUUUAUUAAAAGCUUUUUAAAUUUUUUUAUUAAAAAAAAUGUGCUAUUUUACUAUUAUUUCAUUUUUUUAUUAUUAACUACAUAAUAAUUUUAUUACUAUAAUAUUAAUUAUUUAUUAUAUGCCCUUAAAUUAAUUGAGACAAAAAAAAAAAUAAUAUUCACCUGUCACAUUCGUUAAAAUUUAGCUAUUAUUUUGGCCGCUUUAGAGAAAUAAUUCAGCAUUUAAAAAAAAAAAUUUUUUUUAAUUUUAGGUGAAUUUUUUUAAUUUGAAUUCGACUUAUUUUUGUAACUUUUAGAAAUUAAAAUUUUAACGUUAAAAAAAAAUCUUUUUCAACUUCUUUUCUGUGUACGAGAAAAAAAAAAAAUUGUAAAACUUGCGUGCGUCUGUGUAUAGGAAACCAGUUUUUAGAUGACAGUUUGUCAUUAAGAAAAAGGCAAGGAAACUUAGAGAAAUUUUUGAAGAGGCCAAAAUGUUGUUCAAUUAAUGAAAAAAUGUUAUUUAAUGUUUAACGCUUGUGGAUGUUGUGCGAAAUCAAUCCAAAACACGAAAAAGAAAUCAUGUAAGCAAUAUUUGAUGAAAAAUAAUAGUUAAUUUAGUUUUGAAAUUAUUUUCUCAAAAUGUGUAUUAUAAAUAUGUUUUUUUAAAAUUUUUUUUGUAAUUUAUCUAGUCAUUAACAAUUUUGAUAUUAUUUUAAGUAAAUAGAUUUUGGUUUAUUAAUAAAAAUUUUUUUCUUAAUUCUAUAUAAAUAUUUUAUUUCUAAAUUUAAUUAAAAAAUUUUUUUUUUAUUUUACUCUAAAAGGGUUUAUGUUUAAAUUAAAUAAAUAAUAAGCUUACAUGUUUUCUUAAAAUUGUUUAACGCUAGACGCUGCAUAUUUCCAAAAAUAAUUGCAUUCCUUUAAAUUCUAAGUAAAGCGCAAUAAUAAUUUUUUAUACCGAUUUUUAAAAAUAAUUUUAACUUUUUAAAGUAAACAUUUUUUUUUAAAUAUAAUUUAUGUGCAAAACUAAUAAGGUACAACGAAAGCUUUAAAAAAAAAAAAAUGAAACAGUCAGGAUAUUAUUUCGAACAAAUAAAUAUGAGAUUUUCUUUAGUAAGAUAGUUUGAAAGAAAUUUCGAAAAAAUAAAAUAUUUAUAAAUAUUAGUUGAAUAGAGAAAAAGAGAUAUUUGCGGAAAAAAAAUAAGAUUUUGUUCUAAUGUAAUAUAAUUUUAAGAAAUGUGAAAAAAAGUUUUUUACUUUUUUCUUUUCCAAGGAUAGAAAAUUUGAUAGAAAAGAUUUGACUAUAGAAAAAAAAAAAUGUAAAGUAAUAUUGAAGAUGAAUGAUAAUAUGUUUUAUAUUUACAAGGCUUUUUUACGCUGCAUAAAAAUAUUUUGAAUUUUUAAAACAGUACCAGUGCUCCCAUUUUAAAAAGCGUCUACGCAUAAAAUAAAGAAACUUGUUAUUGUUCUCCUCGAAUUAUUAUAUAAAUAAAUAAAUAAAAUAUUUAUUUAUUUAUUUUAAACUUUAACAAUUUUUCUGAUACAUCGGUGUGCGUGUACCAUAAAAUAAAAAUAUAUAAUAGUUCGAAUAAA